AAUUAGUAUCUCUUCAAAACACCUUCGUAAAUUACACAAAAACAGUUUCGUCAAUUGCAGCAGAAUUUUUUUUUCAAAUUUCUAUCGUUUAUUCGCCAACGCAUCGCAUAAAACUUGCAGUUAACUGAGCUACUACAACGUGUCCAGUUCAAAAAUUUGAACAGCAAUGGAGACGAGAGUAUCAAUUUUGAUCGUACUUCUAACCAUAGUCACUCAACUAAAUGGCAACGGAAAUAGUGGUGGGGGGUACACGUCAAGAUAUGGGUUUCCUUCAGGUAUCAUUAAAAGAGUAGGUAGCCAACCUAGACCACUUCUCAGUGCACCUUCCAGCGUAUUAACUGAAAAUGUAAAGACAGCGAGUGAUCCACCGGGCGGCGGUCUGGUCAUUUCAUCUAUGGGACCAAUAAUCAAGAGAUCUAAUAGUAUAGAUGAGGAUGCUUUUCACAGACGGGCAGCGGAACUCGAGUCCGCUUUUGAUCAAGCGGUGGGUAGAAUGAAGGAAGGAUUGGGUGGAUUAGGUGGAUUGGGUGGAUCAGGUGGAUUUGGCGGAUUUGGCGGAUUUGGUGGAUUAGAUAACUCUGGGCCAGGCAAAUCACGAGUCUCGGUUCCAAUUUCAGAAAGACCUCUACCGGAAACACCGAGUUACUCGGGUAGACCAGAUUACUCUUCACGACCGUCACCAGGUAUUCCAAUUCUACGUCCACCGCCCUCACGUCAGCCAAGCAUCACGGAACCACCUGCACAACCCGAAGCCCCAACUGUACCAGAUCAGACUUCAGGUUACAGACGUGGGCCACGUUUCGAUCGUUCAUUUUCAUUCGCCCCAAACUCCGGCUUCGAUGAUCCAACACCACCUCCUACACCACCAACACCAGCUCCAGUUCAACCACCAACAACUCCGGAUCGUCCUCGUUUCAGAAUACCUUCCAGGCCCUAUGUACCUCCAUCUGCACCUGAGUCUUGCGCAUCGACCGAUCCAGAUGCGCAGCCUUCGGUAUCUAAAUACCGUCGUCAAGAAAGCAGAAAAGCUCCUCUAAACGACUCCAACGAUGCGCCAAAAGAACCUGAACCUUAUCGUGCUCCAUCGAAUACGAAAAGACCCUCGCCUUCCAAUCCUUACAAACCAUCGACAUUUAAUAGUAACGAAGGAUCUCCUAGAACCGAUCGCUUCCAAGGUUCAGCAGUCGUGUCCGAUAGAUUGCCCAAUAACUCUGGAACGAUCGAUAUCAGAAUUUCAGGCCGUCAAAUUGACGACGAGCGUAUGUUGCAGAUGGUCAAAGAGGCUAAAAACGCCAUUACGGUUGUAUUCUUCGCACCUGCUUAUGAAACCGAGUAUAGAGGAUCGAUUACAUUUGGAGAUGAAGCACCGCAAAUACCGAUGAAAAUAUUCGGGUUUUAAGUAGAAAACAUGAUGUUAGUUGAUGUACAAUUCUUUUCAAAUAUUACUGUAGGCUUACUUUUUGGAAAAUAAUGGUAAAAAUAUCUGUACUACCGAUAUAUUAAUUUAAUAAUAUUCAAGACAAAAAUAAAUAAAUAUGUAUCUAUUGGCAAAUAA